AGCAUUCUCACUACAGUCAGCUGGCGAGAGAGAGGGUGAGAGAGAGAGAGGCGGAGAGAGAUGACAGACCGAUACUUUCCGAACGAAAUGCCGGAUUUCGUAACGGAAACGGAAGAAAGCGUAAAAAGAGGAAAGGCUUCUCUCACCGAACUUCUCCAACUUCCCUACCCCAAAGUUGCUCAGAAAUUCUUGCAAUCCGCUCUCGACCUCAAAGAUAAGAUUGUGAAAGAGACUUGGGUACGGGCUGGACGGCGUGUAAGGGAUUUCACUCUCUACACUGGCUCCCUUGGGACAGCAUUCUUACUUUUCAAAGCAUACGAAGUCACCAAGAACAAGAAUGAUCUCAAUCUCUGCAUUGAAAUUGUGAGGGCUUGUGAUACUGCUUCACGAGAAUCAGAACAUGUGACAUUAAUCUGUGGUCGGGCUGGUGUGUGCGCGCUUGGUGCCGUGGCUGCAAAGAACGCUGGGGAUCAUGCACUGCUCAACCACUAUGUAUCCCAGUUCAAAGCGAUUAAGAUGCCUGAAAGAGUUCCAAACGAGCUGUUGUAUGGGAGAGCUGGAUAUCUGUGGGCAUGUCUGUUCUUAGAAAAACACAUUGGCGAGGGGACAAUCCCUUCAACUGACACUGGUACGGUCGUGAAGGAAAUCAUCAAGGAUGGAAUACGAUUAGCCAACAAGGGUAGCUGCCCAUUGAUGUAUGAAUGGCAUGGGAAGAAGUACUGGGGUGCUGCUCAUGGGCUAGCGGGGAUCAUGCACGUCCUCAUGCACAUGGAACUGAAGCCAGAAGAGCAGGCGCUUGUCAAAGGUACCCUUCGCUACAUGAUUCAAAAUCGCUUCGCAAGUGGAAACUACCCCUCAAGCGAGGGAAGGGAAGCAGAUCGACUGGUACAUUGGUGCCAUGGUGCACCUGGUGUUGCUCUGACUCUUGCCAAAGCUGCUCAGGUGUUCAAUGAUGAAGAGAUUCUGAAAGCUGCUGUGGAUGCUGGGGAAGUGGUCUGGAAACGAGGGCUGCUAAAGCGAGUUGGAAUUUGCCAUGGCGUGAGUGGGAACACUUAUGUGUUCCUCUCGCUCUACCAGCUGACGGGUAACAUCCAGUUCUUGUACAGGGCUAAAGCAUUCGCUUGUUUUCUGCUUGACAGAGCUGACAAUCUAAUAUCGGAGAGAAAAAUGCACGGGGGUGAUCGCCCAUACUCGUUAUUUGAAGGAUCAGGUGGCAUGGCCUAUCUUUUCCUAGACAUGAUCAAUCCUAGUGAGGCAAGGUUCCCAGCUUAUGAACUUUAAACCUGUAUAUCAUCCAGCAGAGUAAGUUAAUGUGCUGAUUGUAGUAGUGGAAAGAGGAGGUGGCCCUUGGCAUGUCAAAAGGACACUUACUGUGAAUGUAUCUGUCACUAUCAGGUAAAUAUCACAAAGUAAGAAAUAAUAAGAUUACACUAGUUAUCUCCGAUC